UACCUUGAGUUCUGGAUGAAGUCUCUUCACCAAUACAGCAAUGAGAAGGCUCCUGUUAUCCUGGUCGCUACACACAGUGAGAACAAAACUCCAAAGGAGAAAAUGGUGUUCUUUCGUGAAAUAUGGAAGACUCUGGAAUUAAAGGACAAAUCUUUACACAGGCAUCUUCAAUUAAAGAGGCAGUUUUCAAUUGGAUUCCAUGACAAUGAAUCCAUUGGACAAAUAAAGCAGUCAAUAGUUGAUGUUGUCCAGAACUUGGAUCACUGGGGAGAAGUACUUCCACGCUCGUGGGUCAUGUUUGAAAAAUUCUUCCAAGAAAAGAAAUCCCAAAGGAUAAUAAAAAAAGAGUCAUUGCUGGCCUUCAAUGAUUCAUUGCCAGAGGGAAUAAAGCUCCAAACAGUUGAUGACAUUCAUGUCAUGCUCCAGUUUUUUCACGACCUCAAAGAAAUUUUAUACUUCAACCAAAACUUACUCGGUAAUGUAAUUAUUGUUGAUGUUCAGUGGUUUGCAGAUGCGUUUAAAAAUGUCAUAACAGACAAAAACCACGCAGAAGAGGAUUUAUUUGAGUUUGCUUCAGACUGGGAUAAAUUUGAUGAAACUGGAGAACUGAACGACACUUUGCUGUCAGCUAUUUGGAAACUGAACAAUAACGGAUACCUUGAACAGAAGGAGGAUAUCAUGUUAUACAUGGAGAAGCUAGGGUUAUUAGCUAAGAUGAAUAACAUGAAAUGGUAUGUUCCGUGUAUGAACAAAAAACAAUUUCCGAAAGAUCGCUUCACUUCAUACCCAUCAUCAUCCAUUCUUUGUUACGCAUUCAAUGUACUUCCGGCAGGAAUAUACCAGCGCCUUAUAGCAAGUUGUUUGCAAAUCCCUUGGAAACCUGCUUCAUCCAGAGAUGGGCCAUUCAUUUACCAGACGGCAGCAGUAUUUCUAUUUGAGAAACAUAACAUUCUGCUUGGAAUGACUCCAACAGAUAUUCAGUUACAGGUGUUUAAUACGGAGGGAGAAGUUGACGUGUCAACAUGCCUAGCAGUCAAAAAAGAAAUUGACAAUAUGCUGAGUAUCCUUUCCAGAACAUUCCAAGCAGACUUCAAAUUUCAGCUAGCGUUCAAGUGCAAAGCUUCUGGAUUUUGUGAUGGCCAAGAAAGUAGUGUGAUUAAUGAGGAUGAGUUUUCAGGGCCAGGUUUCCAGUGUCUUUCCUGCCCAGAAGAGAAAAUGCAUUUUAUUAACACAAAAGACAUUAUCAAAUAUUGGAAAGAGGAAUGCCACCCUGAGGGUACAGGUCAUGAAGAUACAGAUCUUAAUCCAACUCUAGAACAGAUUCUAAAUGCUGUUUCAAGAAAAAUCCGAGGUAUAGGAAUCAGUCUUUUGGAGGGUCUGUUUGAAGUCAAUUUGGAUCUCUCCCCUACUCUCAGUUUUGAGGAGAAAGUAUUUAGAAUUUUGUACCAAUGGAAAUCCAAGAAUGCACACAUUGAUCACUUGCGAGAAUUAGAGAGCAUUCUACAGAGAGAAGGCCAAGGACAAGCUGCCGAAUAUAUUAGAACAUUUGACAUCACAGACGUGGAUUGCAGUAAUGUGGCUAGUCCUGAUCAGACCGUUUCAUCAGCAGAAUUCAAACUUCUAUCUGAAUAUCUCCCAAAAGACUUUACUCAUUUUGUUCGGUUUUUAGGGCUUCCUCAAAGAUAUAUCGAACAAAUGGAAGCAGAUGGUUUGAAGAUACAGGAUAAAAUAUAUAAAUCACUUACAAUGAUACUGGAGAAAUGCCACUGCAUGCUUAACCGAAAGAGGAUUUGCAAUGCAUUGACAUUUAUAGACAGAAAUGAUGUGAUAGUUGAACUUGGAUGGAUAUCACGCAAAAGAAAAAGGGAUGAUUGAUGUGGAAACCAAAAGUGUAUUAUUGAUUCUUAAAGAUGUGCUUGUUCAAUCUUUUCAUUGAAAAUGUAAAUGGACAAAACAUUCAUUUAACAAGUCGGUAUUAUGUUAUUUGUUCCUUAAAAAUCAAUUGUCCAUAUUUGAGAAAUGUUUCAAACUUACUAUUAUCUGGAGUAGAAUUCAUUUCUCGUGCAGACAACGUUUGUAAUUUUAUAAUUUUUUUUUUGUAUUUUGAAUUGUUUCC